CAAUGAAAUCACGUCAUGGCAUGUCUUGAGGGAUUGCGUUUAAGUGAUUUCAGUGCGAAUCACUUCGCGUUUAAAAUCCGGGCGAUUGAGAGGAACUCGAGGAUAUUAACGGUGACGAGUGUGUGGCACGAGUCAGUGUAACAGCGUGAAUUGAAGUAAUAACUCAGGCGAAUUGUACAUUGGAGACAUUAUGAUGUAAAUUCAGAAGAUAUUUAUGCGAAAGUCAUUAUAAAAUUAGUAUUCGUGAGAUAUUUUUAAUGAGACAAAAGAUAAAGAGACUUAAUUAAUGAAAAAUUUCCCAAAAUUGACGAGCAUAAAGUUUUUGAAUAAAUGACCUCUUGAGGAGUAAAUGAAGAAGUCGGUUAAUAAUUCACUGCGGAUAAAAUAAACAAAUUAAUUCUGUAGGGAAGGGGUAGUUCACAUCAAAGAAGGGGAAACAAUUUGUUAUGGAAAAAUCGUUGGAUAGAUUGUUGUAACUCUUCGACGAUAAAAAAUCUCAUCUUUCUCGGCCGACAAUGACGAAGUGAAUAAAAUAAAAUGACCACCUGGAAUACUGGCGGAGUGAAGGCAAUUAUAAUUGCAUUAAUCCUGGCUGUGAUUGUGGACGCCCGGAAUGGCUCGAGAGGCUCUCCCAAAAAAUCAAAAUACCACCUGAGACAGCUGAGAAAAGAUUUCCGGAGGCUGAAGAAGCAGGAGGGUGCGGUAAAGCUCGUCGGUGGGAGAGGAGCUUUCGAGGGAAAUCUCGAGAUACUUCACGAUGGCAAGUGGGGCUGUGUCUGCGAUGACGAAUGGGAUCAUUUGGAGGCGACUGUUGUGUGCAGACAGCUUGGAUUUGAGGGGGCACUUGAGGCCACUGGGAAUUCUCGGUUUGGACAGGCCAGGAGACGUUUUUGGAUGGACAAUAUUUUCUGCGAUGGUCGAGAGGAUUACCUGGAAAAAUGCAGAUUUGACGGCUGGGGAAAUUCCGAUUGCGAGAGUAGCGAGGCUGCGGGUGUUAUUUGCACUCACGACAAGGAGGAGGAUCUUCCCUCACCCUUGAUUAGCACGAAGAGAAUUAAAAUAAAGGAGCGUCACCCCAGACUCCGGCUACGGUUGAUUGGAGGGAGAAAUCCCUCCGAGGGACGUGUCGAAAUUAAAUUCCCCGAUGAAGACUGGGGGAUGAUAUGCGGUGACGGAUGGUCUCUCCUGGAAGCAAGUGUUAUCUGUCGCCAAUUGAACCUGGGGUACGCGUCGAGUGCAAUUCAAACGACACUUCACAGUGAUAAAAAGGAAUUUAUGAGCAUCAGUGGGAUUCAGUGUCGAGGAAACGAGCACCACAUCAGCGACUGUCUCCACGACAACGCCACACAGUGUCCAGGUCGUCCCGGAAAUGUCGCGAGCGUCGCCUGCAAACGAGAAAUGGCAGAUCUCGUCAUUGAUCAUAUCGAACUCAUGAGGACUGCACACUUGGAGGACAGACCCCUGUUCUGGUUGCAAUGCGCGAUGGAGGAGAAUUGCGUCGCCUCCGAGGCUUACAGGAUACAGAAGGAGUCCGAGGACUGGAUCAGGGAGACUCGGAGGCUCUUGAAAUUUACCGCGAGAAUUCUCAACGCUGGAACCGCUGAUUUUCGACCAUCGGUUCCAAAACAUCUUUGGGAAUGGCACAUGUGCCAUAUGCACUACCACUCGAUGGAAGUAUUCGCAACAUUCGACAUAAUAGACUCAAGAGGAAAAAGAAUAGCAGAAGGUCACAAAGCAUCUUUCUGCCUGGAGGACAAUCUCUGCAUGCCCGGAGUAAAGCCCCGAUAUAAAUGUGCCAAUUACGGGGACCAGGGAAUAUCAGUGAACUGCACUGAUAUUUAUCGAUACAAUAUUGACUGUCAGUGGAUCGACAUAUCGGAGCUUGAGGCAGGACAGUACACCCUCAAAGUCGCUGUCAAUCCGGAUUUUAAAAUUGGGGAAAUGUCGUUUGAGAAUAAUGCCGCAGAGUGCCGCUUGUUUUACACGGAAUCGCAGGCAAUUGUGCAUGACUGUGUGGUUGGAAGGCCGUGAUUAUAAAUGUUUAUUGAUAUUCAUUUUAGAAGUGCCGGGGAAUCCCCCGUAAUUGGCUAGAGAUUUAAAUAAAAGCAUUCGAUGUAAU